AUGCUAUCAUUCAAAGCCUGCUUGACUGCCAUGACUGCCGCUGCAUUAUAUGUGCAGACUGUGGCUGCAUCAUCUGUGGAGACUGUGGCUGCAUCAUCUGUGAAGACUGUGCCUUACGUCUGGUGUCGGCUUGAUAUUUACCUCGACAAGGACAGACGUUCGCAGCGCUUGGCACGAAAUGUGCUAUUUCAGAGUGGGGAAGAAGGGUAUGCUCGGGGUAUUAUUCUAGAAAAGCCGUACAAGCUGUAUGCAGAUCGCGAUUGCAAAACAGUCCGGUUGGACUACGAGGGUCCCAGCAAUGUUAGAUUCAUACCACGGCCUGAGCGCUCUUUUUGA